AAAAAUGUAGACCAGCACAGCGACUGAGAACUGCACCCGGGCUGUAGCCCUCCACUAAAUAUUUUGCUUUUAACGAUGUGGCAACUGGAGCGUCUGGGCUCAGGAUGUAGCCCUCCGAGGCUCCUCUUGCUUGUUUACACCUAUCUGUGCGCUCUUGGAGAUUGCCUUUUUGUGACUGAAUACUUCACCCGUACGCCUCGUAAGCUGAAUGCUUUCAACUCCUUCGCCAGUGUGGAACUGUUCCACUUCAAUGUGCCUGACGACACCAUGAUGGCCGUAUGGAACCUCAUCACCUUCAAGGAGCAAGGGGGCACGUUUGGAGACAGCUGCCCAAACCGCAAUGUGACUGUGUACUUCAGGUCUGGGGCGCCUCCAGUAAUAAACCCCCUGUACACCCGCUUCCCCCGGGACACAGUUGUCCCAGGAUCCUUUGCUGUGACUCUUACCUGGACUCUUCCAAACCGUACAACAGGAGCAUUCAACGUGACCAGCCCGCUCCCUGGAGACUGGUUCCUAGCUGCACAUUUACCCAAGGAUGAAGGCAAGAUCUCAGUCAAGGGUCUGUCUGAAGAAUGCCAGUAUUUGUUCCAACCUCAGCUCAUUGUCCAGAGGCUCAUUGGGAUUUCAGUGAUUUAUCCCGGUUACUUCAUCGACCAGAUGAUCCCUGUCCAUAACAGAUCCGCACUUUAUAAAGUGUUCAUCCCCAAUUAUAUAUCAAAGGUGAAAGUUCAGCUGGUAAACUGCAGCACCAAGAACAAGAGUAGUGACAGUUGUCCCGUGGUGCUGAAGAUAAGAGCGCGGGCGCCGCCGGUGCAUAACUCAAGUGCCCUCGACUGCAGGGAGUGGAACCCUUGUGAAUUAGACACUCUCGUACCUGCCUGGGAACAAUGGUACUACAUCCUGGUGGAGAGAUAUCUAAGUAACUGCAACGUCUACUUCCGCAUCGGGGUGCAGGUCACAGAUUGUUCCAAGUCCAAUUUGUCCAAGGACCAAGCACAGCCCAGCUCCUCCAUGAACAUGCCUCAGUCUUUCGGAACAGCGAUGGGUUUCUCACUGUCUGAGACGCUGUCCAUGGCGUCCCUGCCCAGCCUGUCGCAGAACGCCAGUGGCCUGCACACCUCAGAGGACAGCAUCAUUUACCUCGCCCCCACUGCCGACACUAACAAGUGCUGGCCCAUUCGUCCGACUCUGCGCAAUGAGCUGGACACCUUCUCUGUGCACUUCUACGUCUUCUUUGGUCCAAAUAUAUCAAUCCCGCCGGACAGGGCCGCUGUGUUCGCCAUCAACCUGAUGCCUGUUUUAGACAGCGGAGGAGUCCUCAACAUGGAGCUCAAACUCAACAUGUCGACGCUGAGAGGAGCGAAUGUCACAGUGUUUGGCUGCCUGAACCACGGGAUGCCGCUCUUCUUACGGGAAAACUCAUCACUGAAAUGUGAAUCAGAAUCGGUUGCAGGGUUUUUCCUCUCUUUGAAUGCCUCUGCUAACAUCACCAAACUGAGGAUUCCCUACCCGCAAACAGGCACCUGGUAUCUCAGUCUGCGCUCUCUAUGUGCCACUGAACAUGGAUUUGAGGCGUGCACCAAUAUCACCGCCGAGGUGUAUAUGCGCUCAUACCUGACUCCAUGCAUCAAUGACUGUGGGACGUAUGGACAGUGCAAGCUGCUGCGUACCAACAACUACCUUUAUGCUGCAUGUGAAUGCAAAGCAGGCUGGGAUGGCUGGGGCUGCACAGACAAUUCGGAGGCCUACUCCUACAGUUUCCAGCUCCUCUCCACCCUGCUGCUCUGUCUCAGUAACCUGAUGUUCGUCCCGCCUGUGGCCAUCGCCAUCCGAAGCCACUACCUGCUGGAGGCAUCAGUCUACAUCUUCACCAUGUUCUUCUCCACUUUCUACCAUGCAUGUGACCAGCCGGGUAUUGUGGUCUUUUGCAUCAUGGAGUAUGAUGUCCUGCAGUUCUGUGACUUCCUCGGGUCGCUCAUGUCAGUGUGGGUCACAGUCAUCGCAAUGGCCAGGCUAAAGUCCAUCAUCAAACAGGUGCUGUAUCUGCUGGGGGCAAUGUCUCUGUCCAUGGCUUUGCAGCUGGACCGUCACGGUCUGUGGAACCUGCUGGGACCCAGUCUGUUUGCUUUGGGCAUCAUGGCCGUGGCAUGGACGGUGCGCACCAUCCGUCGGCGGCGUUGUUACCCGCCCACCUGGAAGCGCUGGGUUUUCUUCCUCUUCCCGGGCACCAUGAUUGCCACGUCUGCAGUGGCCCUCUACGCCUUCGUGGAGACGGAGGAGAACUACUUCUACAUUCACAGCAUCUGGCACAUGCUGAUCGCAGGGAGUGUGGGCUUCCUCCUGCCGCCUCGCGCCAAGCCUGAUGCCAAGGUGACCCCGCUGAAGCGUAGGCGGGGCUGCGGCUAUCAGCUGUGCGUUAACGAGCACGAGGAGCUGGGCCUGGUGGACCCCGCCAUCAUCUCCAUCAACAGCAUCUGCACCAGCUGAUGAACUCCCCACUCCCAGCCUUUUACCUUACAGACACUUCAUUGCCUUCUUUUACUUGGGAAAUUCACACACGGGAAA